GUAUGCAGCAUUUACCAGGAUCUGUUCAGAAUUCAUCUGAUUGCACUUGACAAGCACAUGUAAAUACUAAUCCAUUAUAUUUAUUGAAAAUCUUAAUAACUAAAAUGCGACAGGACAUAGACAAAGAAGAAAUUUAAGCAAUAAAGUCUCCAGGGACAAAGCAUAAUAACAUCAAGAUGGCCUCCAUGACAAACAAAGCUGUUGUGUUAAAUGUAGCACAUUCCCCGCCAGUAAUGAAUCCAUCAGGAAGACAGAAAACUGAUCUUCAACAAUUCCAGGCAAUAGAAAAUAAAAAUGCAGAGAAUAAUGGUAGAAAACUAAUCCAAGGGAAACUGGAAGGCACUAUAGAAUAUAGAGCAGGAAUGGAGGAUACUCUCUGCAGCAUAGCCCUGAAGUUCAACAGUACACCAAAUAAACUGGUUCAUUUAAACAAGCUCUAUUCACAAAGUAUUGUUCCUGGGCAGCGAUUGUACAUUCCUUAUCCAGUCAGUGCACAGAGUGAAGACAGCCCCUUGUCCUCAAGUCCAAGCCAAUCUCCAAGUCUGUCUUCAUCAGAUGCUGAGUAUGACAAACUCUUGGAUGCUGAUUCUGCAGAAAUGUCCAGUGUACAGUGGUGCUCGCAGAACGUCAUCGGCUCCUCGCGUCAAGUCAGGGCUGAAAUACCUAGUUCUGAAAGAUUCUUAAAAAUCUGUUGCAAGUAUUUCACAGACAGAAAGGGUGUUGUAAUGGGAAUCCUGUUUGUCACUCCAGAAAAAAGAUCUUUUUGA